AUGUCACUAAUAAAAAAAAAAGUAUUUGUUACUGUUGGCACUACCAAAUUUGAUGAAUUAAUCGAUACAGUACUUAGUUCAGAAGUUUUAAAGGAAUUAUCAUCAAAAGGAUAUAAUGACAUUACUCUGCAAAUUGGCAGAACAUUAUUCAUACCAGAUUGUACUCCACGUUGUGGUUUUAUUAAUAUAGAAUAUUUUAAUUUAAGUAGAAAUAUAAUUGAAUAUAUAGAAACUACUGAUCUUAUCAUAAGUCAUGCAGGUGCAGGAAGUAUUCUGGAUGCUUUGGAAAAUAAAAAAAAUUUGAUUGUAGUUACAAAUGAAAAUUUGAUGGAUAAUCAUCAAUUAGAACUAGCUGAACAGCUCUACAACGAUAAACAUUUAUAUUACUGUACCUGCAGAACUUUGUUAAAUACUAUACAAAUUAUGAAUUUUGCUGAACUGAAACCUUUAGUUUAUGAGAGAAGUAAACAUAUCGCUAAGCUCAUAGAUCAAAUAAUGGGAUUUUCACCAUAA